UCAUUUUUAUACAAGAAGCAGUUGUUGUUUACCAAAGGAACACAAUAACAAUUGAUUAAGUUAAAGGUACUGUAUGGAAUCCUUAAAGAAUGGUUGUCGACUAUGCCUCGACCCAAUCGGCGAUAUUAUACAUUCUAUUGAAAAUUCGGAGUUUAAAAAACAGAUCGACUGUGUGUUCAGUUUUCCAAUCAAUAUAAAACAUGGAUAUCCUAGUAGUAUCUGCCAAAAUUGUUCGCAUCAAAUUUGCGAUUUUUAUAUUUAUUCGGAAAAGGUUCGUUUAAAUCAGGAAAAACUUGAGCAGAUUGCUGAAUCAAAAUCGUUCUUAGAAACGUUCAAAGUCGAACCGAUUGAAAAAGAUGAGCCAUCUGAAGUAAGUUUGGAUAAAAUAGAGCCGAAAGACGAACCCGAAGAAGAUUGCAAUGAACAAAGUGAUGGAGACAUUUUUGCAGAAUCGUACCGACUACCGGUCAGUCGGCCAAGAAAAAAACGUAAGAAAGAAGAACGGCCUAGACGAAAACGGGGUGAAAAGCCACCGGUUUUGGAACAAGAUGUUGUGAAACGAUACAACAUCAAAUCCAAAGAACAAUUGGAGCAAGAAGAUAAACUAAUAAAUGAGUUCUAUCGUAUGGUGUGCGAACUGUGCGGGGAGACUGCAUCAAAUUUUGCAUCUUUGGCUAAUCAUUUCAGAAAAAUACAUAGCCGGACAGGGUACAUAAGAUGUUGCAAGCGAAAGCUUCCUAAGAGAUAUCACCUAUUACAGCAUAUGGCAUUACAUAGUAAUCCAAGUGCUUUCCGAUGUGAGCUGUGUAAUAAGAAUUACAAGCACAAGGUGUAUUUGCUAUUGCAUCAGGCGAAAGCUCACGGAAGCGAAGAAGACCGUCCGUUCAAAUGCGACAGAUGCAAGCAAUCGUACGUUAAAGAAUACCUUCUUCGAAACCACAUGAUUAGCCACGAAAAGGUUCAAUGUCCACAGUGUAAUAAACUACUGGCCAAUAAGGCAGCAUUGAGUACGCAUAUAAUUAAUAAACACAGCGAUUUAGAUCGCAGAAUGAUUUGUGAUACCUGUGGUCAGGAGUUUUUAAACAAGGCUUGUUUCGAAAGGCACGUCAAACGACACUUGGGUGUUGAGGAAGUCGAACGCAAAUACCAAUGUCACAUCUGCCAGAAAUGGUUAAUGGGUGAGCGCGGAUUGCAGAAGCACCUUCAAUUUACACAUUACGAGCGCGAUCAGACUCACAUUUGCGAUAUUUGCAAUCAGCAGUAUCCGAACUCACGAGCACUUUGGAGUCACAAGCGCAUCGUCCACAUCGAGGAAAAGUUUGAAUGCGAAUUCUGCGGAAAGAAGUUCAAGCGAGCCAUCAAUUUAAAGGAGCAUCGAACUACACACACAGGUGAGGUGCUGUAUUCCUGUGAUAUUUGCGGUGCAACGAUGAAUUCCAACGCGAAUCUAUAUACCCAUACGAAAAAAAGUCACCCAUUAGAAUGGGCCGAAAAGCGAAGAAAAGCAGCGGAAGCGAAUGAACCCAAGAAGCAAGUUUAAUGCUCCACCGCAUGAUUUGGUUUUUUUAAGAAGGCAAUAAGGUAAAAAGCAAAUAGUACACAUGCUGUG